GUGUGACUUGCCCAUGCCCGCAAGUUGCGCGUCCGGCAGGCUGACGGGUUGUCCGCCGCCCGGAGCCUGAAGACACUUCGCCUCCUGCGACACCACCGCCGUCCCGAUCUCCGCCUCCCUCCCCGCCGCGGACGCUUGGGGGAACCGGGACCGGGGGCUCGGCGAAGACCGGCACCGUCUGUCGAGAACAACAGAUGUUGCAUCUCCGUAGGAGCGCAUAGGUAGCGCAGGAGCAGGAGCCCCCCCCCCCCUCAGAAGGUGGAAGCUUGAAGAGAGAUUUGGGGAAAUUCCUGUUGAAGAUGGAGUCAUUGGUCUUCUGGAGGGCUGUCUUCAUCUUCCUUUCACUUCCCUCGAUCCAGAGUCAGCCCCAGAGAGCAGUGUUCCUGCCCGAGUUCGCCCUCUCCCCUCAGGGCAGCUUCAUGGAGGACGCUACAGAAGAUCAGCUUCUGACCUACAAGUAUGACGACCAGGCCUCCAGGACGACCCGCUCCGAUGAAGACAGGGACAUCGGGUGGGACGCCUGGGGCUCCUGGAGUGAGUGCUCACGCACCUGCGGCGGAGGAGCCUCCUACUCUCUACGGCGCUGUCUCAACGGAGGAAGCUGCGGCGGCAAAAACAUCCGCUACAGAACGUGCAGCAACCGGGCUUGCCCAGCAGAGUCCGGUGACUUCCGGGCCCAGCAGUGUUCGGCCCACAAUGACAUCAAGUACCAGGGCGUGACCUACGACUGGUCCCCGUCCCCUUACGACCCCUCGGCGCCCUGCGCGCUGCGCUGCCAGGCCAAGGGGAGGAGUGUCUCUGUGGAACUGGCUCCCAAGGUGCUGGACGGGACGCGGUGCCGGGCGGACGCCUUUGACAUGUGCAUCAGUGGAGUGUGUCAGGAGGUGGGCUGUGACCGGCAGCUCGGCAGCGGCGCCCGGGAGGAUAACUGCGGCGUCUGCGGCGGGGACGGCUCCACGUGCCGGCUGGUACGAGGACAGGCACUGCUCCACCUCACGCCAGAACUACCUAUGAGGACCGUGGUGGAGGUGCCAUUAGGAAGCCGCCUUUUCAGACUUCAUGCCAAAGGGCCGAAUACUAUCGUUAUCGAAGCCGUCUCUCUUAAGGGGAGAGUAGACGAGACCAGUCUGGUGUCUGCGGGCUCCUUUGUGAUAGGAAACACCUCUUUGGACUUCCAGAGAGGGACGGACAGGCAGACGCUCAGGACACACGGACCACUCAACGCUGAUUUCGUUAUCAAGGUGAAUCAAAGAACAGGCUUAGCUGACACAGUAGUCCAGUUUCUCUUCUACCAGCCGAUCAGCCAGUGGAGAGAGACGGACUUUCCCUGCUCGGCUACCUGUGGAGGAGGCUAUCAGCUGAACUCUGCAGAGUGCACGGACAUCCGAUCCAACCAGACGCUGCCCGAGCAUCACUGCAACAGCUACCCCGAAAACACCAAACCCACCCCCAAACUCAAGGAGUGCAACAUGGACCCCUGUCCAGAGAGUGAUGGAUUUAAAGAGGUGUUGCCGUACGACCAUUUCCAACCUCUGCCUCGCUGGGAGCAGGGACCCUGGACACAGUGCUCGGCGUCCUGCGGCCAAGGAGGCGGAUGGCAGGUUCGCAGCAUGCUGUGCAUGGAGGAGGACAUGCAGGGACGGUUCUCCCAAGUGGACGAGUGGAAGUGCACCCACUCCCCUCGACCCGUCACCCAGCAGAUCUGCAACACCUUCGCCUGCCCCCAGUGGGUGGCCAUGGAGUGGUCUCAGUGCACGGUGACGUGUGGUCAUGGUCUGCGGUACCGCGUGGUUCUGUGCAUCGACCAUCGGGGACAGCACGUCGGAGGCUGUGGGGCGUCACUCAAACCUCACGUUAAAGAAGACUGUCUGGUCCCCGUUGCCUGCCACAAGCCCCGAGACUCCGUGCCGGUGGAGGCCAAGGUGCCCUGGUUAAAACAACCCCACCAAGUAGAGGAACAGCGUAGUGCCACAGAGGACCCCACGUGA